UGGUUUGCUUUUUUAUUUAUCUUGCCUGAGAUAAGUUGCGUUUCCUGGAUCUAAGAAUUUGUUUUAAAAGUUUUAGAAAACGUAUUAUUUUUAUUUCAUCUCCAUUUUUCCUUGUGGAGUUCCAAUUCGAUACACGUUAAAUCUUCUAUCUACCAAGUCUCUUUACCUCUCUCUCGCAUUUCAGCAGUUUAUUCCAGUUCACUGAUUCUUUGUGUCAAAUCUGUUCAACUUUCCUCUUAGUGUUUUUAUCUCAACAUCAACUUGUCAUUCAACAAGCUUUCAUUUUUGAAAGUUCCUAAUCUUCCUUCCAAAAGUGUCUGCUUUUUCCUGAUUGUUGUUGUAAGUUCAUUUUUGUAAUUACAACCUUUAAAUCCUUAAAAAGUUCAUACAAUAGCUGUUCUAAAUUUUGUAUCUGACAGUUUCAACAUCUGCAGUCUAAAAGUCUGUGGUUUCUGGGUUCUGUUGACUCUUACAGAGGCUUGUCUUCUCAAGCUGUAAUCUCUUUGUUUGAUGUACAUCCGUGAGAGUCUUGCAGAAUCAACUUGAAGAAAUUUUCCUUCAGAGAAGGCUCGCUUCUGCCUCUGCUCUAAGCCAAGGGGUGCCCCGCACCAGGAACUGUUACCCCUUCUGAGAGUUUUGGCUCAAAACAGAGUUUUAAGCUUAGUUUCCCCUCCUCGCUGCUGUUGCAAGGUAAUAUGCUCACAGUCAGUACUGCUCGCCUUCCUCCUUCCGCCCACCUGCCUUCCAGUUUGGCUCCAUGCUGCACCACCUCACCACCGCACCAGCCUUGGCGCCCCGUCUCUGUGGCCUAGGCUUCCAGCCCCCACCUCGGGCCCAGCUCCUGGCCACUGCCGAUGCAGAUCUUUGUUUCAUUUUGAAGAAAAGGUCCCUGGAGACCUCUCCUACCUUUUGCCAGACCAUUGGUGUCUCAGUGUGUGUGUAAACAAGAAGUCUGAGUUAUGGGGAAGUUGUAGGAGAGUUCCUCAGAAUUAGUCAGACCUUCAUGACAACAGAAGCACAGCAUUUUCUAAAACAUUAAAAAUCUUAAUGACACUAAAACUCCAGGAUGGUUGGGCCAGUGGGGAAUAAAUCAUGUUAACUAAGAAAGCAAGGGAGGGAGCUACUGAGAAUAUCAAGGUUGGAAUCCAUAUUGCUUCCAGCCAGAGGCCAGUUCCUGGUCGGUGGCUCCCAUGCUGGUCUCCGAUGUUCAGGAAGUGGUGUCAGCAGAGACUGAGCUGCACCCUUUCUUUGGACAGAUGGCAGGAGAAGAGAACGUCAAGGAAGAGCUCAGAUCCCAGGAUGCUUCCAGCAACUUGAACCAGCAUGAGGCAGCAGGGCAUCCACAUUCCUGGUCUCUGGAGAUGCUGUUACACAGACUGAGGGCUGACCACACCAAGCAGGAUGACAAGUUUGCCAACCUCCUGGAUGCGGUGGGGGAGUUUGGCACAUUCCAGCAGAGGCUAGUGGCCCUCACCUUUAUCCCCAGCAUCAUGUCAGCCUUCUUCAUGUUUGCUGACCACUUCGUGUUCACAGCCCAAAAGCCCUAUUGCAACACCAGCUGGAUCCUGGCAGUGGGCCCCAACCUGUCUGAAGCUGAGCAGCUGAAUCUGACCAUACCCCGAGGACCCAAUGGCAGUUUCCUGAUGUGCCUCAUGUACCUUCCUGUGCCUUGGAAUCUGGAUUCUAUCAUCCACUUUGGCCUCAACGACACAGACAAAUGCCAAGAUGGGUGGAUCUAUCCUGACGCUAAGAAGAGAUCGCUGAUCAAUGAGUUUGACUUGGUAUGUGACGCGAAGACGAAGAAGGACACUGCACAUAUCGUGUUCAUGGCAGGAAUCCUGAUAGGCUCUCUCAUCUUCGGGCUCAUAACUGACAAGAUGGGCCGCUACCCUGCUAUCCUGCUGUCACUGCUGGGGCUGAUCAUCUUCGGCUUUGGGACAGCCUUCGUGAACAGCUUUCACCUGUAUUUGUUAUUUCGCUUUGGCAUCUCGCAGUCAGUGGUGGGCUACGCCAUCAGCAGCAUUUCUUUGGCCGCUGAGUGGUUAGUGGGCGAGCACCGGGCCCACGCCAUUAUCCUGGAACACUGCUUUUUCGCUGCUGGGGCCAUGUUGCUGACGGGGAUCGCCUACAGUCUUCCCCACUGGCGGCUGCUGUUUCUGGUGGGUGGGGUACUUGCGGUCCCCCUCAUCUCCUAUAUCUGGAUUCUCCCGGAGUCCCCACGGUGGCUGAUGACGAAAGGGAAGGUGAAGGAGGCCAAGCAGAUGCUGUGCUACGCUGCAAGUGUGAACAAGACGACCAUUCCUUCAAAUCUGCUGGAUGAGGUGCAGCUGCCCAGAAAGAAGAUGACUCAGGCCUCUGUCCUGGACUUCUGUAAGAAUAGGCAGCUCUGCAAGGUGAUCUUGGUGAUGAGCUGCGUGUGGUUUACCGUCAGUUACACCUAUUUUACGUUGAGCCUGAGAAUGAGAGAGCUGGGCGCGAGCGUCCACUUCAGACGUGUGGUCCCCAGCAUCAUGGAGGUGUCUGCCCGGCUGUGCUGCAUCUUUCUCCUCCGGCAGAUUGGGAGGAAGUGGAGCCUGGCUGCGACUCUCCUCCAAACCAUCGUCUGGUGCUUGCUUCUCCUUUUCCUCCCUGAAGGGGAGGAUGGCCUCAGACUCAGGCCGCCACGUUGUCCAGCCACAGGGCGGAAAUCCAUGACGAUCUUGGUGCUCACACUUGGAGAGUUCAGCCUGGCCGCCACUGUCACUGUGUUCUUCCUCUACACCGCCGAGCUCCUCCCCACUGUGCUCAGGGCGACAGGUCUGGGACUGGUGUUUCUGGCCUCGGCGACUGGAGCCAUCUUGUCCUUGACAAUCAUCAACCAGACCCCCUCCUUCCUGCCCAUCUUUCUGUGCUGUGUCUUAGCCAUCGUGGCCUUUUCCCUCUCCUUCCUGCUACCGGAAACGCGAGACCAGCCCCUCUUCGACAGCCUGGACCACUCCCCACAGAUGAGGAAUAAGGUCAAGGACAUGACGCCUGAGGAUACGUCAUCUGACGAUAUGUCAUCUGAUGAUAUAUCUGAAGAAGCGGCCAAGAACGUCAUUCUCAAUGCCCAGAUCCUGAGAUUAGUCCCAUACCCUGUCUCCAAACCUGCCUAGGAUCAAUAAAGAGGAAGCAAACAUCCAGGCUCCCCGAGGGCCAGGCCCCCAGACCAUCUUGGGUUGGAAUUGAGUGGCCAAGUAUGGGGUCGUGGAUUCCAGGCCACAGAUUCCAGGCCCAGUUCAGUCUGUGGGGCAGGAUCAGUCCUGCUCCCGGACCAGCACUUGACAUUAAAAAAAAAUGGCCCCCCUUCUGCGGGAGCUCUGCUGUGAUUCAUUCCAAUAAAGGUACAAUGUUGGUCUUGA